CAUCUCUCAUUUCUUCCAUUUCCAUCCCAUGCCAUAAAUCCACACUCUGUCGAGCUGCUGAAAACUGAAAAACUAGAAGAAGAAGCAGCAGCAGCAGAAGGCACCGAGUGAAGAGAAAGAAGAUGAUCCAGUUGCUUUUCAGCCUAAUAUUCACUGAGAUGGCGCUGAUCGUGGCGUUCGUCUUCAAAACUCCGCUCAGGAAGCUCGUCAUAAUGGGGCUGGACCGCCUCAAGCGCGGCCGCGGCCCAAUCGUCGUCAAGACCAUCGCCGGGACUCUCUUCCUGCUCAUGGCUUCCACCGUCUACAAUGUGGUCGCCAUCCAGAGACGUUGCAUCCUAGAUGGCGCUGAAGUUAAUCCCACCGAUCAGGUCAUCCUCGCCGAGCAAAUUCUUCAAGCUUCUCUCAUGGGAUUCUCCCUAUUCCUUGCCCUGAUGCUAGACAGGCUGCAUCACUACAUCCGAGAACUGCGUAUAAGGAGGAAGAGCGCUGAAGCAGUGAAAAAACAAAACCGAAUUUUUGAUGAUAACAGGGCUCCAGCGCCUGAGGAAAUCAAAGUAUUGGAAGAUGAGAUGAGUAAACUGCGUGGGAUGGUAAGUAGGCUGGAGAAACAGCUUCAAGAAAAGAGUAUAGAAGCAGGUAGACUGGAGAAACAGCUUCAAGAAAAGAGUAAAGAACCAGGCAGUGCGGAAGCCAAUGCAAUGGCCUUGAAGAAGCAAUCGGAAGGCUUUCUUCUUGAAUAUGACCGCUUGCUUGAAGAAAACCAAAACCUUCGAAGCCAACUGCAAUCUCUAGAUCGAAAAUUUUCCUUUUCUGAUGGUAAAAAAGUAAUGUAAGGCAUCAUUCUAUAUAGUGUGGUUUUUUAAAUGGCUCUCAGGCACGCCCUUAUGUUGUUAUACUAUAGGAUUUCAGGAUAUUCCUCCAUCUUCAAAGAAAAUGAGUUUCCAGUAGAAAGAGGAUCCAUUUUUCGUUUUC